GCGUGCCGUCGCGGCAGCAGACAGCUCAGCUCACUCAGCGUCCAGCCGCCGCGCCGGUCGACAUCGACACGGCAGCUUGUUUCUGCGGCGCUUAACUACUCCAACAUUCUGAAACGGCAUCUUCGCCGAUCUUGGGCUAGAAGUUGGGCUUGAAAAGUCAACUCUGACUUCUUAAUCAUUAUUGAGAGCAUGGACCAGCUGCCGGACGACGUGCUGGUGGAGGUGAUGCAGCACCUGGCCGUGCCGGACCUGUUCGCCCUCCGCCUCGUGUGCAAGCGGCUCCGGGACCUCGCCCUGCAUCGGGACGUGUGGCGGCUCCGGACGCUCAAGGAGAAGAACCCCUGGACCUGCACCGUGCUACGCCUGGCGCCGUGCCUCAGGAAGAUGGCCCUCGUGCUGCCGUUGGAGAGGUGCCACGUGCCCUACACGACCAAGUGCGCCGUGGCCGACCUCGAACUGCGCGUGAACAGGGCCGGCUCCCCGCACGCAGCCUUCGUCAUCCGCAACCAGGAGGCGCUCGGCCGGCUGAGGCGAGUUAGUGUCAACAUACAGUAUGCGUCUUACUCUGGGCUGACUGUCCUACUGGGGGCACUGGCGUCGACGGCUGGCCUGAAAAAGCUGGAACUUCCGACAAUGGACUGGAUUGAACGAUCACUGAUGGGUCCCGUUGUCCGCCACCCCCGCCCCGUGUCAACUGCGUCCCUAGAAAUAUUUCGUGGCAGCCCAAACCUUGCGUACGAACCUUUCUGCAGUUGCAUACUAACUGGACACAGCGCCACCCUGCAGGUGGUUUACCUCGACGUCUGGAACGUCGACACUUCGUUCGGAGCCUCGCUUGCGCCCCUGAUGGCCCACAUGCCCAACUUGAGGGAGUUGCACUCACCCCUCCUCCCCGGUAUGGAUGCUCUGGCAGCUUGCGCCUCUCUGCGGGAUGUGUCCUUCGAGUUGACGUCGGCCACGCAAGCGGUCCUCUUGGCGGCAGCAGAGUUCUUCCGGCGCGCCACCCGGCUGCGCGAUGUGUACCUGAACUGCGAAAAGGCAGACUCUGACGACGUCCCAGGCGUCGUCGGCGUGAACCUGGCACUGGCACUAGCCUCGUCCGGGAAGUCUCGCGUGCAGGACCUGACCCUCUAUAACGCGAACGUCGAGGACGCCGUUGAUUGCCACCACCAGCAGCUCCUCGGCGCGCUGCCGCAGCUGCCGGCCCUGCGGUACCUGAGGCUGGACGGCCCUCCCGAAGCUGUGCUGGCCGCCAUCAGCCCUGCCGCGGCCCCGGCCCUGCGCACCCUCGUGCUGCGCCCCUGCCCCGAGAUUAGAUGUGGCCACGCGUGGCUGCACAGCGACCCAGUCAGGGCGGCCUUGACGGCGAAUCCCUUGCUGCACAUUCAAGUGUUUACACCAUCAGAGUCUGAGUGUGUUCUAAGCAAACCUUGCGAGACGUGCGCUCUGGGCUGUCAUCCGGAGCUGUUGUAUGCCGAGUUACUCUGUUUUUUCUCUCAUGACCCUGAAAUGGAAUGUUCAAACGAGCACGAUGUUACUGGUGGUUGCGUGUGGAUCCAUAUUCCUCAUUAAGCCUUGUCUCAGAGCUGUUUUUUUGUUCUGAAUUGUGCUGUAGUCCUAUCCUGUGUUGUCUACUAUGAUGCAUGAACUAGAUUAAUAUUCUUUUUCAUUUAAGAUGUUAUUUUUGGUGUAAAAUAAAUAGUUUUGUAAUUUGUUGUACUGUUUCUCGUUCUCUGAAAUAAAAUAUGAGAGGGGGAGGCACGAAA